AUGGGUUCUACAUCAGAAUCUCAGCCCUCUAUCCCUGGACCUAUUCUGUUGUCGUCGUGGAUAUCUGCAAACUCAGACAGCUUGCAACCUCCAGUGAACAAUCGAUGUCUGUAUGCGGGAAAGGAUUUCAUAUUGAUGGCUGUUGGGGGACCGAAUGCCAGAAAUGACUAUCAUAUCAACGAAACAGAGGAGUGGUUCUACCAGCUCAAAGGUGAUAUGUUGCUCAGAAUCGUCGAGAAUGGGAGUCACUUCCGCGACAUUGUGAUUCAGGAAGGCGAAACAUUUCUUCUGCCUGGGGACACACCCCACUGUCCAGUCCGGUAUAAAGACACGAUAGGCCUGGUCAUGGAACGGACUCGCCCAUCUGGCAGCAUAGACCACAACCGGUGGUAUUUUCUUAACAAGGAGGCCCAUCAGGAUGCCCCUACCAUUAUCCGCGAAGAGGCAUUCCACUGCGAAGACAUCGAGUCACAGCUGAAGGAAGUUAUUGAGGACUGGAUGGGAAACGAGAGCAGCCGAAAGUGCGGCAGUUGCGGAGCCAUUUCUCCUGCCCAGUAG